AUGACACACGGAGGUAUUAUGGCUUCGUGGAAUUCGAUUCCGCUCGAAAUCUCUUACGAAAUCGUCGGGUGGAUCGCUGUUGUUGGGUUGAACUUCGACUUCGUGCUGUUGAAUUUGACGAAGCACUCGUCGUAUAUGAUCUACAACGUCUGCCUCUACUUUAGCCCCGUUAUCCAGAAGCAGUACUUUGACACUUAUGGCGAUAAAGAGAUGAUCCCUGUGGCUGCAAAUGAUGUUGCAUUCUCAAUUCAUGCAGUUACAAUGACAGCUCUUACACUCUUCCAGAUCUUUAUCUAUGAACGUGGACCUCAAAAAGUAUCGAGACUUGCUACAGGUAUUGUGAUUGUUGCUUGGGCAUUCGCAGCUAUCUGUUUCUUCAUAGCAUUGCCUACACAGUCUUGGCUCUGGCUCAUCACCAUCUUCAACUCGAUUCAGGUUGUGAUGACAUGCGUCAAGUACAUUCCACAAGCGAAGAUGAACUUCAUUAGGAAGAGCACAGUUGGGUGGAGCAUCGGGAACAUUCUUCUCGAUUUUGGUGGAGGACUCGCUAAUUAUCUGCAAAUGGUUAUACAAUCUAUUGACCAAAAUUCUUGGGUGAAUUUCUAUGGGAACAUUGGAAAGACUCUUCUAUCACUCAUCUCAAUAUUUUUCGAUGUCCUCUUCAUGUUUCAACACUAUGUGUUAUACCCUGAGAAGAAAGCCUCAAAAUCUCUGGAAACUGGUCAGGAAUCAAACGAGCCUCUCAUUGAUCCUUCUCAUGAACAUGUUUAAAGAUCCGAAUUCUCUGGAGAAUCAAAGUAAGAGAGAACAAAUAUCCUUAGUUUCAGCUUCCCUUUUGUACAAAAAAGUACUCUUCAAACUCGUAGUUUAUCGAAUACGUGAUUGUCUUAAAAGGAUCAGUUUCAUGUAGCAUUAUUUAUUAUAGAAAGAAAAAAAAAGUAUUCUAAAAUGGUCAAUGUGGAGUUUCUCUUGUAAGAACAAAAUGGAUUCUAAUGUAUUUUUGGCUCUAGUUUUGUUUCUGAAGAUUUAAACUCUUUCUGCCGUUUUGUAUCGUAUUCGUCAAGGCUUUAAUAUUAAAUUUUCAGGC